AUGUCUCAAAUUUCUUUGAAUUUGCCAGGUGUUGUUGUCAGAAAACUUAUUGGUCUUUCAGUAUCAAAUGCUAGAGACUACGAGUUGGCCAUGUCUGGCUUCAAUGUACUUUGCAGAUAUGAUAAUAUUAUUAAUUGCGUAGUUCUUGCAAUUUGUUCUGGAUACUUACCACCAGCAGCCUAUACUUAUGCUGCAGAAAACUGGAAGAGAUAUCUGAGACUUUCAUUACAUUUAGAAUGGAUUUCUUUUGUUUGGUGCAUUGUUACAACAAUCUUUCCAGUUUUCAUGCCUGUAACAAUUUGUAUGUUGUUUGGAAGUCGUGAUGAUUACCUUAGGUGGUCAGCUCCCAUAUUGAAAGCAAGUUGUGUAACAGGUUGGAUUCUUUUCUGCAGAUUCACUUUCCAAACUAUGUUGCAAGCACAACAACGAGGUACACGUGCAAUGAUUAUAUCAUUCACGUCUAACUUCGUUGCUAUUAUUGGUUUGUUUUCUUAUUAUAUGUUACAGAUAAGCAUAAUGUUGCAAGAAUGA